GAUCCUCUUCCCAAAAGUCAAGGCCCAUCCCUGCCUGCCUGCUUUGACAACAUCCAUUGAUUUCAUCAUCAAUAAACUAGUAAUUAGUUUGGAGAAGGAACAGCUUCUUGCGCACACAUGGCUGCUAGCAUAGAGAUUGGGGCUACACCAGUAUAAAAACCUCAUCGCCUUCUUGGACAGAGCAAGAGAGCAAGACCAAGAAAGUGAAUAAGUACUAUAUAGUGCUUGGUGAGGAAGAAGAGGGAUGAUGGAGGUGGUGGCGGAGCCGGCGUGGGAUCAGUUCAAGGAGGAGGUGGAGAUCAUGGAGGAGGAGGGAGGCAGCGAUGCUGCCGCAGGGGAGCUGCUGACCAGGGAGAUCAAGAAGAGGCUGCUGGAGCAUGCUGCCCAUGAGAACGGAAAUGGGAAUAAUGCCCAUGUCAAUGGAGGAGAAGCAGAGGCUGCUGAGGAAGAGGAGCAGCACAAGAGUAUCUCCUUCGAUCCAGCCAAAGGGCUAUGGAAGUGCCGGCACUGCGAUUGGACGUACCGCUUGGCUAGUCCGUACGGGAACAGUAUCCUAAAUCAUCAGGGCUAUCGCCACCAAAUUGAACAGAAAUUGUUAGUUCGGAAAGAGCCGUUUUACUGUUCACUUAACAGAGUUCCUCAUAUCAUUACUGAAGUAAGCGCCAGAUACCUGGUCAGGGAAGCGGCCCAAUCAGGCCCUGAAGAGGAGGAGACAAAUGAGACUCCGAGUCCUAAAGGCAAAGAGAUUGACACACAUGAAAAUGGCGAUGCUCAAGAAUCUAAUGGAUCACACACAAAUGGUUCACACCAAGUCUGUAACAGCGACGAACCUGAGAUUGCAGACAUGAUGCUUCGGAUCGACAAAACUGAAAUUUUCCCAGAUGAAGUUAAAAAGGAAGAACAUGUCACGGAGGCUCAACUGGAAGAAAAAGGAUCACAAUCGAAUGGCUCACACCAGCUCUCCACCGGUGCCGAACCUGAGAUACCAUACAUGUUAAGAAUCGACAAAACUGAGAUUUUGCCAGAUGAAGUUGACAAGGACGAACAUAUAACAGAGGCCCAACCUGAAGAAAACGAGUCGCACUCCAACAGUUCACACCAGGUCCCCAAUGGCGCUGAACCUGAGAUGACACACAUGUUUCAUAUCAACAAAACUGAAAAUUUUCCAGCUGAAGUUGCCAAGAACGAACAUGUCACCGAGGUUCAGCCUGAGAUCGAAGAGUACGAUCUGGAGAAGAUUCUGGAUCAGCAAGAAACUCAUGACCUAUACUGUCCCAACUGCAAUUCGUGCAUAACCCGGAGGGUGAUCCUGAGAAAAAGGAAAAGGAGAGCGAGACCAACGACACCCACUGAGCAACCAAAAAGACUGCAUACUCAAGAAGCGCCUUUGGCUCCUACACCUGAAAGUGGUGGGCAAGAAGCACCCGACGUGUUCAGAUGUUUGUCAUGCUUCUCUUACUUCAUUCCAACAGGAUGUAGUUUCAACAUAUUUCGAAUAUUUGGAAGGAGGGAACAACAAGUUGAUGUUCUGCCUCCUCCUGCACCAGAGGACAUGCCUCCAUCUGAGAAUUGCACAAGUUGGCUUCUGUCUUGUUUCCAGCCAGGAGAUAGCCCAAACCAAGCUGCUGCACAUUCACUACAGACUCCACUGUUACAUGAUGCAGCGACUUCCGGUGAACAUCGUGCAGAUUCGCUACAGACUCCACUGUUACAUGAUGCAGCGACUUCCGGUGAACAUCGUGCAGAUUCCCUACAGACUCCACUGUUACAUGAUGCAGCGACUUCCGGUGAACAUCGUGCAGAUUCGCUACAGACUCCACUGUUACAAGGUGCAGCGACUUCUGGUGAUACGGCCACCACAACAACUGCAACUAGGGCAUCAUAUGUGCAUACUCAUGACACAGUUGUAAAACCCGAGCACUCGACAGAUGAAUUAUCUUCUUCAACACAUCAAACUACCACUACUAUAAUCACCACUACAACCACAUCAGCAUCAGCUACCACGUCAUCUACGACCACAUCGGCAGCAGCUAGCACAUCAUCUCACACGUCAUCUGCUGUAGGAAUCAUUCACACCGACGAAAUGGAAGUGUUAACCGGUAAAAUGCCUCCCCUAAAGCCUGCUGGCGAUGCUAUUUUGGGUGGAAAUCACCUAGUUGGCCAAGAAGAUGUUCAAGGAGCUGCCAAAGAAGCCUUCUGGAAUGGUUCAUUUUCCACCCCUGCAAUUGACACACCAGGAGUGAAGGUUGAUAGCCCGAAUGUGACGAAUAUUGCACCAGGUAUCAUCCCAAGGGGCGACAUACUGACUUCACCGAAUCCUCGAGCAGCAGAUCCACCUCAUGUAGCAGUACCAGUCUCGGAAGAUGUGAAUCCAGCUGUUCCUAGACCACAACAGAGGGAUGACUGGGAUAUACUGAAAGCUAUCGUGUAUGGAGGCUUGGUCGAAUCCAUCACCAGCCUGUCUGUUGUCUCAGCAGCAGCAUCAAGCGGCGCCAAAACAUUGGACAUAUUCAUCUUGGGAAUAGCCAAUCUUAUCGGAGGACUUCCUCUCAUUUUCCACAAUAUUGCCGACCUGAGAGACAUCCAAGACGUGGACGGGGACGACGAACGGGUUGGCCACUACUGGGUGAACCUUGGAAGGCGGUCGAAAGCCCAGCUGCACAUGGUCAUGGCCUUGCUAUCAUACGUCGUCUUCGGGCUGCUCCCACCGGUCCUCUACGGGCUGUCGUUCCGCGAGAGCAAUGACCGGGAGAACAAGAUGAUGGUGGUCGCCGCCGCGACCCUGGCAUGCAUUGCCCUGCUAGCGCUCGGGAAGGCGCAUGUCAAGAGCAGACCUAGGACCUACUUCAAGACACUCAUGUACUACCUGAUGAUAGCCGUGAGCUGCUCCGGGCUGUCGUACGUCGCCGGCGUGCUGAUCACGAGGAUUCUGGUGAGUUAUGGCGUCAUUGACGAAGGUGCAUCAGGUGCUCCUGCUCCUCCAGGUCUGUCGCUGUUCCCUCAUGCAGUGGGUGCAAAAACAUCUUCCUGGGCCUCGUUCUGAAGUUUAAAGCUCCUGUGAGCAUUGGUGCAGAGAGAGAAGACAUGGAUUAUGAGUUCAAGAGAAAUUCCCUAGGGAAACAUAUGAGAGUUUUGAUUGAGUUGCUAGCUGUCAUUUUGUUGUAAUUUUGGAGUACCAUUAAGUUUUGAUGCUUUUCCGACUAUCUUCGUCACUGAACUAUGUCCCUUCUGUCAGUUACUUUUAAGCAGGAAUAGCAACCAGUUCAGUCGUGCUCUCUUUUUC